AUGAAUAGCGAUGCUUCUAUGUUAUUCUUGACUUAUCCUUUCAAUGAUCUAACUGAAGCUCCGUUAGACCUUAGAUUAUCACAGGCUGCUGCUGCAAAAGUACAAGAAGUACGUGAUGUCACCAGGAUUGAACGUAUCGGCGCUCACUCCCACAUCCGUGGUCUCGGACUGGACGAUGCGCUAGAGCCACGUAACGUUUCACAGCUAGCAGCUCGGCGCGCUGCAGGUGUAGUGUUGGAAAUGAUCAAGGAGGGUAAGAUCGCUGGCAGAGCAGUUUUCAUGGGGGUGUACUGGCAUGGCAAAACAGCGAUUGCGAUGGGAAUGGCACAAGCGCUGGGAAGUGAUACUCCAUUUUAUGGAAUAGCAGGAAGUGAGGUCUUUCGGAGUCUGAGUAAAACUGAGGCUCUCACUCAGGCCUUUAGGAAGAGUAUUGGAGUAAGAAUCAAGGAGGAAUCGGAGAUCAUUGAAGGAGAGGUAGUGGAGAUGCAGAUAGACCGGCCAGCUACUGGCACGGGUCAGAAGGUCGGCAAGUUGACCCUCAAAACCACAGAAAUGGAAACUAUCUACGAUCUUGGAGCCAAGAUGAUCGAGUCGCUCACCAAGGAGAAGGUUGGUUUCAGGAUAUUUUAACAUUUUGCGGGUGUCAUACAUCAAAUUAAUUAAGCAGCGGGCAAGAUAUCCAAGUUAGGGCGAUCAUUCACGCGCGCUAAAGAUUACGAUGCAAUGGGACCUCAGACGAAGUUCGGUCAGUGUCCAGAGGGGGAACUCCAAAAACGGAAGGAAGUAGUUCACACAGUCACACUACACGAGAUAGAUGUUAUUAACAGCCGACAGCAAGGUUUCCUCGCCCUCUUCUCUGGUGAUACUGGUGAAAUCAAGUCUGAAGUCAGGGAACAGAUCAACCAGAAGGUAGCAGAAUGGCGAGAAGAAGGUAAAGCGGAGAUUGUUCCAGGAGUUCUGUUCAUUGACGAGGUACACAUGCUUGACAUAGAGUGUUUCUCAUACCUCAACAGAGCCCUAGAGCACGACAUGGCACCCGUCCUCAUCAUGGCUACUAACAGAGGAAUAACUAAAAUCAGAGGAACAAACUACCAGUCUCCGCACGGUAUCCCAAUAGAUCUGCUGGACAGGCUCCUGAUUAUCAGUACCAGUCCUUAUACAGAACGAGAUACAAAGCAGAUAUUAUCAAUCAGAUGUGAAGAGGAAGAUGUUGAAAUGGGCGAUGAUGCUAUGCUCGUUUUGACCAAGAUAGGAAUGGAGACGUCCCUUAGGUAUGCCAUUCAACUAAUAACAUGUGCUAGUCUGGUAUGCCGCAAACGAAAGGGAACUGAGGUAGGCGUUGACGACAUAAAGCGGGUAUAUUCUCUUUUCCUUGACGAGACACGAUCAUCUCAGUAUCUCAAGGAGUACCAUCAAGAGUUCAUGUUCAACGAAAUUAAAGACGAAUCCAAGCCAAUGGAACUCUCAUCAUAAGCCCAGAUAUAAAGAAUGGCUUAUUUGUCGGUCGCGGUUAAUGUGAACUUUAUUUGCAACAGCCCUUACCCUCCUCAACCUUCUCUGCAGCUCCAUCCUUUUUGUAUUGUUGCUUAACCAGGCUUUUCAGUGGUCAGUGGCCAAAUUUAUAUCGGGCUGGCCCUUUUGCUGUUCAAUGAGAUCUUUUCAUGACCGUGCAGUAUAUUUAAGUACAGAAGUGUUCUUUUUUAAUUUGUAAAUAUUUUCAUAUUUAUUUAAGUUUAUGCCACUA